AUGAAUCAGAACAAUUUAUCUUGCGAGGACAGUGAUGUUUCCACUAAUCCUGGAAACGCCUCACCAGGUUCUGGGGAUGAUAGCGGAACAUCUUCUGAGGGACAUCCGUCAUGUGUGGAUAAUUCCGUGUCGCCGUCGGUAUCUUCUCUGUUAUCGCAAGCGGAAAAGAGCGCCACUGAUUCAGUUCAUGCAGAGGAGGAGCACUUGGAAAAAGAUACGGAGUUGAGACAAGGGAUGAAACAGGGAGGGUUUGUAAAGAGCGCUGGACGCGGAAGCAAGGAUCCGCUCGCGCUUGACCAAGCAGUGGCACCCGCGAUACCGGUGCCAUUUGUUGGUCUUAUAAAUGAGGGUUGUACAUGUUACUUGAACUCUCUUCUUCAAAUGUUGUUUCACUUAUGCUACUUCCGAAACGCUGUUUAUCUCACACCAACGGACGCUAAUGAUGAGAGUUGCUCGAUACCUCGUGCGCUGCAAUCAGUUUUCCAUGAGAUGGAGAUACGCCGUACCCCAGUGCAUACAAAAAAGUUGACAGCCGCCUUCGACUGGACUGAGAGCGAGCUUUACUCUCAGCAUGACAUUCAAGAAAUGGCCACGCUGCUUCGUGACAAUCUUGAGGAGCGAAUGAAGGGAUCUGUAAGCGAGGGCGCGAUCAACCGGAUGUUUGAGGGCUAUGGUGAGCAAGUUGUUGCAACACUCGACAAGAGCUUUUGUUCACGCAGCCGGGACACCUUUUACGAUAUCCACCUCCCCCUCGAGGGGCACACCAACCUCAUGGAUAGUUUACGCUCGCUCACAGCGAGGGACAUGCUUGUUGGGGACAACAAGUAUCGCGUUGAGGAACCUGGGAGGGAGCCACAAUAUAAGGACGCACAGAAAAGUUAUGAAUUCCGUCGCUUUCCACCUGUUAUUUGGUUUCAUUUAAAACGGUUCGAAAUGGAUCUCACAUCACCUAUACUGGAGACGAAGAAGGUGAACAGUUACUUGGAGUUUCCCGUGGAGUUGUCCCUCGAGGAAUUGGAACACGAGACUCCCUCAAAUUGGGGGGAAUACGCUACCCAAGUAUUUGCUGGGGAUAUGGGUGAUGAAAAGAAAAUGACGGGAGAUGAUGGGGGUGAGAAGAGGAAGAGGAGAAAAGGAGAUAAUGAAGUGGCAACGGCUAUUGCACGGCCCUUCAGUAGGGAUACACCAGCCGUAUAUGAUCUGCAGGGAGUUAUUGUGCACAAGGGUUCUGUCCGUAGCGGUCACUACUAUUGCUACAUAAGGGAAUGGGAUGCCACUGAGAAGAGGUUUACGCGUUGGUUGGAAUUUGAUGAUGAGAGGGUAACAGUUGUCAGCCAGGAGGUUGCAGUGAAUGACAACUUCGGCGUGCCUGUUCCAACAGAGGGAAGGCCACUCUGGCACAUGCCUACUAAUAAUGCUUAUAUGCUUUCAUAUGUAAGACGUGCCGAUUGUCAGAGGAUGUUUGAACGGCCGAAGAAUAACAUUGUUCCUCAGUGUGUAAGGGAUCAACUUCGGGAGGAAAUCCAGGAGGAGAAACGACGUGAGGAGGAGGCAAACAUGCGUCGCAGAAAAUUGGUGCUAUACGUCCUCACGGAUGAAAUAAUCAGUGAGCAUGUCAAGCGAGUACAACGUGAGACCUUUCCAUCAGAUCCUCGGAUUUGGGAGGAAGUUUGUUUCCGUGUCGAAGUAGAAAAAACUACUCCGCUUCAAAUGGUGUAUGUUUCUGUCGCUGAGUGCGUACCGAACGUUAAAAAGAGGUUCAGGUUUGACGAUUUCCGACUCUGGCUCUCUCCGUGGACAAGCCACAUCCACGUUGCGGUGCCGUUGCAACUGACCGAAUCAACUAAGAAUUGCUCACUCACUGAAUACCUCAACUAUAGGAACGAUGACAAAUCACCACUGAUGCACUUCCUUGUGUACCUACAACGACGGACAACACUUCCGCAGCUUUAUGUACCGAAUACCGCUUCAUUGUUUGUUAAUCAACGGCUUGGGGCUGAGGCGGUGGCUGCGUGCAACGGAUGCACCAUUAUCCUCCCCAAACCAACUCCCAUCAGCAGUAUUACGUUCUACACAAUUUACUUUUCUGAUUAUGCGGCGCCAUGCAACGUGCAUAUUUGCCUGUACGCUGCUGAUGAUCAAAAAACUCCUUGUGAAAGCAAAACAUGUACACUCAGCCGGGACCUAUGCAUGUUUGACGUGAACUCCACGGGGCAAAAAAUCGCAUUAAUCCGGUGCGCUGUGAGAGGUUCGCUAGCGUGGGUCUAUUUAUUAGCAAACGAAAGACCCUCAAUGUCGUCGUUACGGGUGACAUAUGGGUGUGAAGGGGAGGGGAUCGAAGAAACUAACAUUUCGUCUCUCCCCCGUAUUGACAGGUGUGCUGUUUUGGUCUUUCUCAAAUAUUUCAACCCCGUCACCCGCCACGUUGCCUACGCAGGAUCGGCGAUGAUUCCACUGCACGCAACAGUUGCCGAUUGUGGGCGAGUGUUGCUACGUCUUUUGGGUGAGGACCCUGACUUAGUUGAUACUCUUCUAAUAUAUGAGGAAAGCCAGUGCCAAAAUGUACUACUCGAUAAUGAGAAGACUCUCCAGAACUCUGGUAUCAUAGUUGGUAGUGUACUGAUUGCGCAACAACGCAAUUCGCGUGUGCACUCAUAUACUGAUGUAAACGACUAUCUGCUUAGUUUGCCAAACUUUAUCCAUGUGAAGGCCACCCAUUCCGUCUUUGAGGAGCGCUACAUGUUUUCGGAAGAAGACUCGGGUUAUGAGGCUGAUAAUGUUGAAGGAAGUGAUGAUUGCGUUGUACCAGCAAGGCCAGCCGUCGUGGAGGCGUCAAUUCCCAUGUCCGAUGCGGACAGUGAGGUUCGCGGACAGACGACGUUCUACCCACCAAGGAACUUUCACGUCAUCAAAGCAUAUAUGCUUACAUUAGAUAGCCAGUUGAAGUACGAUGAGGUCUGUGAAGCAAUUGGUACUGCAAGCGGACAUGACCCAGCUUUCAUUCGGUUGUACAAAGGUACUUGCGGUGGCAAUCCCAACUGUGGGGAGAUAUUAACGCCAGAGGUGGACCCUGCACCCAGCGAUAUGGUCCUUUCAGGGUUAUUGUGGGGUAACCGUGUGGAUGUCAUCUUUUUUGAGGUACUGCGCGAGCCACGACGCGUGGUGGAGUGUCGCCCGCGCCUCGUAGUGACGGUACGGGGUCGGAAGAAUGAGGCAAUAUACAAGGAGAAGCUUGUGGUUCCACAGGGUACCACAGUUGGUGAUGUGGUAGAACAGGCAGUUCGGCGAUGUGCGAUAACUGUUGAGCGCACAUUUUGUUCUGACGGGGGAGCAGGGGUCGCCUUGGAUGCUGGCGGUAGUGUCAACAGAUGCAGCAGAAGCAGAAGCAAUAACAGUGAGGUGAUAAGUUCACAGGUUAUCACUCCUUUUGUCAUUUCCCCUCACUACCUUGCACUUGUCGUCGACCCCCGCGAGCGUCUAAUCAACUGCAUCAUCGAAGUGCCCGUUAUGGAAGACGGCACAUGUGACUGUAAUUGUUUUAUCGAUGACUUGGUUUCACAAGCGGUGGCUGCAUACGGAACCGCCGGUCUCUGUGCCCCAGUGGAGCCACUAACAAUUUUUGUUGUGCCUGCUCCGCCGCUGCAGAAGGAUCAGUUCCGGAUUGCUUGCUGUCAUGGUGAAGUAUUUGCUGACCGGGAUGACAGUCUCCCACUAAUGUUUGGGCAGCCUUUUGUUGUUACGGCAGAUUACCACGCAACUGUAGAGACACUGCGGGAUAUCCUCCUUGAGUACACGGGUGUUCCCGCUAAUGAAGUUGUGCCUUUACAACGUGGUGUUGUUGUCAUAGCCACAAGGCGAAGCGUUUUCCUUCCUUGGAGCGAAUGUUUCUUUGAAUUUGUGAGGCGGGAAGAGAGAAAAAGGGGUCCAUUCACUCCGUCACUGCUGCUAAACCACCGUCGGCCGAGAGAAAAACCGGGAUCGCGGUACGUGGCGCAGGCUGCUCCGGCGUUACGUAUUUCAAGAAGGUGA